CAUUGCUGCGGUGUUGAAAAAGAUGGCUUCACCGCUGGAGCAGUUUGUUGAAAAUGUUAGGACUAUGUCGGCAUCAGGUUCGUUUCGUGAAUUAUGUGAAGUAAUAGGCAAGUCUGAUGAGGUCUUACAAAGGAACAGUGCUCACCUUCCGACAGUUCUUGAGACACUUGAUAUCCAGCAACACUCUCUAGGCGUGUUGGCAGUCCUAGUUGCUAAAUUUUCGUUGCAACAGAGUGCCGAUGUGGACAAGUCUACUAUGUUCAAGCAAAUCCAUGACUUCAUAACAAACUGUAACGGAGAACAAGUUAGGUUCUCACCAGAGCUUUAUGCUGAACUAUGUCACAUCUUAACAAACUACCUUGUAGAAAUUAAACAACCUAUCAGAGGUAUAGAGAUACUAAAGAAAGCAAUCAGAAAGAUCCAGUUAUUUGAUUCGCAGCUGACUUCAAUCCAUGCUGAUAUUUGUCAACUUUGCCUGCUUUCAAAAUGUAUGAAACCAGCACUGGAGUUUUUGGAGACUGACGUCACAGGAAUAAGUUCUGAGUUGGGCGGCAACAAUGAUUCUAAGCAUUUCCUUCUAUAUUACUACUAUGGAGGCAUGAUCUACACAGCCAUGAAGAACUAUGACAGAGCCCUAUAUUUCUUUGAAGUUGUAGUCACUGUUCCAGCUAUGGUUGUCUCCCACAUCAUGUUGGAAGCUUAUAAGAAAUACAUAUUAGUGUCAUUUAUUCUACAUGGCAAGAUUUUACCCAUGCCGAAAUAUACAUCACAAGUGGUGUGCCGUUUCCUGAAGCCAUUGUCAGUGGCUUACCAUGAACUGGCAACUUCUCAGCAUGCAGCCAUAAAGCAUCGGGAAACAUUUAUCAGAGAUAAAAACAUGGGAUUAGUUAAUCAGGUUUUAAGCUCAAUGUACAAAAAGAAUAUACAAAGGUUGACCAAGACAUUCUUAACAUUAUCGUUAAGUGACGUAGCAGCACGAGUGCAGCUGCCCGGUCCGACGCAAGCAGAAAGUUACAUUCUUAACAUGAUCGAAGAGGGAGAAAUAUACGCGAUGAUAAAUCAGAAGGAUGGCAUGGUCGUAUUCUUGGACAGUCCCGAGAAGUACGCAUCGCCAGAAACAUUGUGUGUAUUGGAACAGCAAAUGGCGGCCUGUACGAAACUACAUCAGUAUAUACAAGAGAUGGACGAACAAAUACAAGUUAACCCUCAGUACGUCAAGAAGUCUGUAGGGAGCCACGACGAGGAUAUUCCAGCCACCAGUCAGAAUUCAAAGACUACUUAUUCUAUGUAAUAAUAUAGAUACUCAUUUUAUUAAAUAGUUACGUAAUUAA